AUGUCUAUAGAGGCGGUUACAUCAAGGCGCAUUCGCCGAACAUGGGAACCAUCCGAAAAGCAUUGGAACGAUGACGCGCUGGAGACUCCAUGGGAAACCAUAGACCCACCAUUGCAUAAAGUGACUGUUUUUAGUCUCAAAAAUGUUUUCUUCUUUUCCCAUGCUACAGCCGUUCAGGCAACGACUCUGAAAACACUUUCGAGGGAGGGUGAGAGUGCGAUUAUCGAGGCACCAACCGGGAGCGGGAAAACCUUAGCCUUCCUGAUACCGAUGAUGGAGCGCACCAUUCGCUGGUGUGAGUCCUAUGUGGCGACGCAUCAGAAACCGCCUUUGACUCGGAAUAUCUUGGGCAUCAUCCUGUCUCCAUCUCGCGCACUUGCGGAACAGACAUAUGUCGUAGGCAAGCAGCUGGCAGCGCGCUACCCGUACAAUGUGCAAUUCAUUUUGUGCGACGACGCGCUGGGAAAGCCUGACGCGGUUUUGGAGCGACUCCAGCGGAGCCAACGCGGCGCGGGAUUCUAUCUGACCACCACCCCUAAGGACUUGAAGAAUUUGCUUGAACAGAUGAAGAAAUCAGAAGGGAUGGCGAGCACUGCCACUCGGCGACAGGUGUCAGAGGAGCUACUCGCACAACAGGACGAAGAGACGCGCCGCCGGUACUACGCCAAGCGGGAGCACAAGCAGGCUCGCACCGAAGCCGAGUCUUCCUCGAACUCCACUGGAGGAGGGGACCGUGUUGGGUUCUUUGCUUCUCCUAGUAAGCACUUUACGAUUGUCAUGGAUGAAGCGGACCUUCUUUUUAACUCGCCCGAUAUGCGACUCACCGUUGUACAGUUUAUUCAAGACCAUUGCCUUCCCCAAGAGCGCGGGUCAUCCGGCAAGGGAUCGGACAAACGAAAGCGAAAGCGGCCGCACCAGCCCCACGAGGCGUUGCGUUCUGACUUUGUGUUCGUCGGGGCGACGGUUGCAACUUCCCCUAGUGUAAAGCAGUACGCCCAGGAGGUAUGCAAGGCCUGCGGUACGAAUCUCAACCUUGUUUCCGUUGGGUCCCCGUCUGACUUUCUUUUGCAACUUCAAAGCAAGUACGCCGUGUGUGAGGCUAGUGAAUUUUUGCCUACCUUCAUUCAGAUGAUGAAUCUUCAUGCAUCUAAGAAGCAUUUUGUUUUCUUUAACAGCUACCGUGCACUACAAUUCGCGCACCGGCUUUUUCAAAAUUUGUAUCGAGGCGCUCGUCCGCUUCUUUUUAUCAGCAGUAUUUUUACCAUGUACGAGGGUAUGACCGAGAGUGCACGAAUAGAGCAAUACAACGCCUUUUUGACCCACUCCACCCUCAAGGGAGGUCCUGAAAAAAUUAAGAAGCCACCAUCCGACGCGGAAAAAAAGAACCAAAUCUUUUCAGGCGGUUGGAAGCGCGAUGGACGAACUCCGAUGGGCUCUGGUGCGAUUUUACUAUGCACCGAUGUCGCGGCCUUCGGUUUGGACGUUCGGGAUGUGGACUAUGUUUACCACUUUGAACCUCCUUCUUCGGUGCAGGCCUAUGUCCACCGUGUAGGCCGAGUGGGUCGUAUGGGAAUGAGAGGUUGCAGUGUGUUACUUUUACCUUGCCUCUCCGAUACGGCUGCGGCUAGCAAUGCAAAGGAACGGAAGGCGACUAGUCACCGCUUUGAAACUAUUGCGAAUACCAAGGAAUCCACCAGUGAGCUGCAUUCACCUCGUGCGUUGCUGCAACAGCUGGGGCCACGGUGGGAGCAAUAUGUUAAUGACCUAGCACAGCACGUCACAAUUCAGGAGUACACGGUGCCCCCUUUUGCACCCAUUUCAUCCACUCUUCGCAACGUUAUUCAUCAGGAUACCAAACUACAGAAGCUUGCGCGAGCGGCUGCCAUCUCCAUGUGUGAGGCAGUAGGCGAUGAAAAGGUAAGCUGGUUUACUCCAAAGAUGUGCCUUCGCGUGCUAUUUCUCGAUUAG